AUGAAAGAAACCUUUCUACAGCACAACAUUCCUAUGAGGAACAUCAUAGGUUACUCAUCCGAUACCACAAAUGUGAUGUUUGGACAGUAUAACUCCGUUUCGCAGUUACUCAAAUCAGAGUUUAGCUACGUCCAACUCGUGAAGUGUUCAUGUCACCUUAUCCAUCUCGUAUCAUCUCAUGCUGCAUUAAAACUACCCAAAGGUGUGGAGGAUCUAUGCAGAGAUGUAUAUGCGCAUUUCAGUCGAUCUUCUAAAAGGCAAGACGUGUAUAAAGAGUUCCAGGCCUUUUUUAAUGCCCAACCGCUCAAGAAUCUAUCACCCGCGCAGACACGGUGGCUUUCUUUACAAGAGUGCGUAAACCGACUACUUGAACAGUUCGAAGCGUUGACCCGCUAUUUCACCUUGACAGCCAACGAAGACCCAUCACACUCAAACGAUCGCAUUUUGGCAUCAUUACAGAAUCGUUUUACCCAGGCGUAUCUGGAGUUCUUAAGCUAUCAACUCGAGCGUCUUAAUGCAUUUAACAGAUUGUUUCAGAGCGAGCGUCCUCUCCUCCACAUGCUAAAACCAGAAAUAGAAAGCCUUAUCAAGUCAAUUGCCUGUGACUUUAUGAAAAUCGACAUCGUAAAGUCAACGUCGCCAAACAAGCUAAACCCAACUGACGUCAACCAACACGUACCAUUAAGCGAGACCUACGUUGGCCUUGGAGCGACGGCUACUAUCCACGAAAUUGCUAGCGUGGCAGGGAAAGCUGAUGUUGAUAACUUCCUAACGACCUGUAAGAAUUUUCUCAUCGAGAGCAUUCUACAAAUCCAAAGUCGAUUUGACUUAGAUGAUCCACUCAAGAUCCGCUGA